UCGAUAUGCCCCAUCUUUGUCAAGAAUACGGGGAGAAGCACAGGUUCUCGCUCGACCCUAAUAGCGGACUCGAGUUUCGCCUUUACCCAUCGCGUACUCGAACACCAUGGUCCGCUUACAGCUAACAAUUCGACCGUAUAUUAGGAAUAGGCAGAUAUGUCGAGGCCUGCAUGAAAUAUAUAAUGUUUAUAGAGGGUCUAAGCAGGGACAUGACAUGAUUGCAAACCGAUGUCACUAGGCGCGUGUAGCAACUAAUAGUGCCCAUGUGGCUUGCGGCUUCUUAUGCUACUCGUAGGUAGCAUGGGCCUUCUGUUUGCCGCACUUCUGCUUGGUAUAAGACUACAUUAGGCACUAGCCAACCAGGAAUAUCUAUAUCGACUUCCGCCACUCUUCUCUUUUCGACUUUCUUCGACAUGAACCAAGAAAAUGUUCACUCCUGUUGAGACAAGCAUCGGGGCCCUGUUGCUACACCAAGCAACAAGUGUCCUCCUUUACCAGAAUGGCAAAGUACUUGGUGCCUCGGGCUACCUUCGACGGUUGUUGACUGCUCCUACGAAAGAUAUCCUUACGUUCUUCGCUGGAAUGGCUCUGAGCGCCCCGGUUCUUAAACUUGUCCUUCCAAAAUUGGUCACUCAAUACCCUCCUGUUCCAACCACAUCGCAAGCGGCCCUGGUCACGGUAGUAGUGGGUGCCAUCGUUGGACUUGGUACGAAGUUCGCAAAUGGAUGUACCUCUGGCCAUAUGCUGUGUGGAUUGUCUCGCCUCAGUUCUAGGUCUGCAAGUGCGGUGGCUUUGUUCUUUCCAGCUGCAAUAGUGACCCAUCACAUCGUGCACCCGACUCUCAUUACAGAGGCGUGUAACUCUGCGGUUCCCUGCUAUACGCCAACGUAUCCGGAUGCCGCGACGUUACUGCCACUCAUCCUUCUGACCGUCGUCACGGUGUCUGCUGCGAAGAUCAUCCCUCGAUUGGCUCUGAAGCUCACGGAGAGUGACGAUAAGAAGGAGGCAAUGCCUGUAGCACAGCAAGUGUCUCAAUGCUUUGCUGGUCUGGAGUUUGGGUUGGGAUUACACAUCAGUCAGAUGGCAUCUCCGUCGAAGACGUUGUCGUUUCUUUCGCUUCCUCACUGGGCUGCUUGGGAUCCUUCUUUGGCUAUGGUAAUGGUGUUCGGUGUAUUACCAAAUCUCCUAGAGUAUCGAACGAGGGGACCGCGUCCUCUUUUCAACAGCAAAUACGAAUUACCCACCAAGACUCUGAAGGAUACAGACUGGAGGUUUGUGACCGGAUCAAUACUUUUUGGUAUUGGUUGGGGGUUGACAGGUACUUGCCCAGGCCCAGCGAUUUUGAGGGCACUGGCACAACCUCAAUGGGGGUUUCUCUGGAUGGGAGGCUUUUGGCUAGGUAGUCAAGUCCCAUGAUAGUCUUCGCUGAAAAUGGCAUCUCUUACGAUGGUUUCGUCAACUUUGCCUCAUCUCUUGCUGAGACCUUUUGAAUGUAACGUGAAGCACCGGUCUUCCUAUCUUGGCAGUGCUAAUCUACAGGGAUGUGAGAAUGUUUGACGUAUAUCUACUAUGAUAUUCCAUAUGAAUGGGUAUUAGGAAAGUCGCCCAAGUCCAGUAUGUGGUUCCUACUCCUAAAUCAUAGAAUGCAAAAGGUUACGUAAUGACAAUAUGUCAAUUGCUACGAAUUCUUCAAUGAUUUCUGAUUGUAUGUAUUCAUGUCGUGUGAGGAAGUAUUUUCAAGAAA